ACUUCCUGUUUGUGUUAGCUUGCAAAGUGUCCUCGAAGGUGUCAUUGUAGGUCUGUUAAGGUUUGAUAGCCAGGGGGGACAAAAAACAACAAUGUCUGGCUACACACCAGACGAGAAGCUGCGUUAUGACCAGCUGGUCAAACUCCGGCGGAUGUGGCUGAAGGACCAGGAGCUCAGUCCGAGGGAGCCCGUGAUUCCGUACAAACCUCCUGGUCGACUGGAGAAGUUCUGGACAAGCUUUCUGGAGCCCAAGAGCCUGUGGAGGCUUUACACCUACAAAACAUUAAGAGGCGGGGUCUUCAUUGUAAACCGUCUGCUGAUACCUCUCUGGAUUGUUCACUACAUUGUGAAAUAUCACAUUGAUGAAAGGCCCUAUGGCGUUGUGCCGAUGAAAGACAAACUUCUCCCAGGCGACGUCAUUCUUGAGACUGGUGAAGUUGUUCCUGAUCUCCCUGAGACCCAUCAUAAACAUCACUGAAAUGUGAAUAUUUCAUUUGUGUUUCUGUCGUUAAAAAAGUACAAUUAAAUAAAAUUUUACUAAAUCAUU